UUCCGCCCCAUCUCAGAGUCCGGAAGCGAGGGUCUCAGUCGCCGGUUUCGCGUGUCGCCAUGGGGAAGACGGACUUCUUGAGCCCCAAGGCCAUCGCCAACCGCAUCAAGUCGAAGGGGCUGCAGAAGCUGCGCUGGUAUUGCCAGAUGUGCCAGAAGCAGUGCCGGGACGAGAAUGGCUUUAAAUGUCACUGCAUGUCCGAAUCUCACCAGCGACAACUGCUCCUGGCAUCUGAAAACCCUCAGCAAUUCAUGGAUUAUUUUUCAGAAGAAUUCCGGAAUGAUUUCCUAGAACUUCUCCGGAGAAGAUUCGGAACAAAGAGAGUCCACAACAAUAUCGUAUAUAAUGAAUAUAUCAGCCAUCGGGAACACAUCCAUAUGAACGCUACCCAGUGGGAAACGCUGACGGAUUUUACCAAGUGGCUCGGGAGGGAAGGCCUUUGCAAAGUUGACGAAACCCCCAAAGGCUGGUACAUCCAGUAUAUUGACCGAGACCCCGAGACCAUCCGCAGGCAGCAGGAACAGGAAAAAAAGAAAAAACAGGACUUGGACGAUGAAGAGAAAACGGCCAGGUUCAUCGAACAGCAAGUCAGAAGGGGCUUGAAGGGAAAAGAUCAGGAGGAGCCGGUCUUCACUGAACUAAACAGAGAAAACGAGGAGGAAAAAGUGAUCUUCAAUUUGAACAAAGGAGCGAGCACUUCAGCUGCUGCAGCACAACAACCCAAAGGCAGCUUGCUUGGCGCCAGCAUGCUGAAGCCCUCGGGAACGCUGCUCCCCGUGAAGCGGAAAGAAAUCCCUCCGACCUCGAAGGAAAUUAAGGAGAAGAAGAAGAAAAAAUCCGCCCUUGAUGAGAUCAUAGAGUUUGAAGAAGAGAAGAAAAAGUCUGCCCGAACGGACUACUGGUUGCAACCUGAAAUUGUGGUCAAAAUCAUAACCAAGAAACUUGGCGAGAAGUACUAUAAAAGAAAAGCCAUCGUUAAGGAGGUAAUUGACAAAUACACGGCAGUUGUGAAAUUGACCAAUUCCGGAGAUAAGCUCAAACUUGACCAGACACAUCUGGAGACGGUGAUCCCAGCCCCAGGUAAAAAAGUGCUGAUUUUAAACGGAGGCUACAGAGGGAAUGAAGCCACGUUACUGGGCAUCAACGAGAAGUCAUUUUCCGCAAUGAUCCUCAUUGAAUCGGGAGCUUUGAAAGGACGUCAGGUGAAUGGUGUUCCAUACGAAGACAUUUCCAAGUUGGCCUCCUUUGAUUAAAAGAGCUGAUUGGGAUCCCUGAGGAACAUCUCUGGAGAUGGCUGCAGAUGAACAAUUCCAGUAGACGCUCAACACAAAGAGUUGAACCGUCAACUUCGAGGAGCGAACGAGAUCUCUGAAGGAUGCCCUAUCAAUACAGUAUAUUGGAGCCUCUAUUUAUAAGCCCUUUCUAGAUCAACCAUGGGCAACCUCGUAAUAGAUUACUCCUAAUUUAUUGCUGGGAAUCUUGAUUGGAUGGUUUCACCUGUAGCCACAGUAUCGGCCAUCUACAGCCCUGCAGUCCGUAGAUCUUUUCCUAACGUACCUUUCCUGCAGCAGUUGAAACCAUCUGUGAUGGAAGUUAUCUUCUACUAUAGAGCUGAGUAUGGUGGUCUAACUUCAGGGGUGCCAGCGAAGAGUUUAGCGUUCUCACAACGCUGACACAAAAAUAAUCUUCCAUUCCGUUGGGAUGGGAUUAACCAGCAACAGGAUGUUUACUAUCCCUCCCCAAAAAAGAAUAACCUGCCACUGUCGCCCUGCCAACUUUUUAAAUGGCCAAUUUUUUUUUAUUUUAUUUUUUUACCAAAUCCUCAAGACUUACCAGACCAUUGAUGGUCGUGUGCCAACCUUGUGAGAAAAGCGUACCAGUUCCCGAUCUAAGUCAUGGAUUCUGAUGGAGAACCUUCAAAGAGCUCCAAUUUUUUGUUUAUUUUUUUCCCCCUCCCCAAACCUUCCUUGUGCUGUAGAACAGGGGUCUCCAACCUUGGUCCCUUUAAGACUUGUGGCCUUCAACUCCCAGAGCAAAGCUGGCUGAGGAACUCUGGGAGUUGAAAGCCACAAGUCUUAAAGGGACCAAGGUUGGAGACCCCUGCUGUAGAAGAGGCUACCAAGGAACCUGGUAGAAUGUUUUAUCAGAUUUGUGGAAAAACACUUCCGAGCGGCCAAAAAAAAUCUGGUCCCACGGUUAGCUGGACCUUCUGAAUUGGACUACAUCCAGGCAGCCAUUUUUUCCAUUGCGAAGUUUAGCGAUGUUGAAAUAUUUAAGAGAAUUGGUAACGAUAGCUCUGUGCUUGAAAAAUCAGUUUUCUCAAUCUGGGCUUUCACUCUUCCAUUACGCGGCUCUUCGGACCAGCAGAAACAUCCAUUAAUGGUUUGGGUUUGUUUGUUUUUUAAAGAAUGGUAUAAUGAUUUUGUACAGAACAGAGAAAAAUGGAUUUAUUUUAUUGGUGCGGUGUUUCUUUUGAGGCACUGCGCGCGUCCCGAAUAAAUGGACUUCGAUGCCCUUAAA